AUGAUUUCCAUCUUCCAAGCGGCGUUGCUAGCCGUUGUGACCUACACUUCCUCGCAGAUAUUGAUGUUGUGUUGGAAUUUGGGCAAGCAGGUGCAGCAGGCUAGAGCCAGCGGGCUGCGGUACUGCCUUUCUCCAGUUCACGUCAUGAACGUCGCGUACUGGUUUCUACUCACCCCGAUCGUCGCCCUGGACGGUUCGAUAUCCAUGAAAACUCUACAAAAAUGGGCACCAUGGACGGCCAUCUUCCGCAUCUGGCAAGCAGGUUACUCCAUUUUCCGCGACCUCGGCACUGACUCCUUCUUCCUCUGCUCACCCUCCGGCCCCAUGCUCAUGACCUGUGACGUGCACCUCGUCAAGCAGGUGCUGAUGCGCGCGCACGACUUUCACGCCCCCGUCGAGGUUCUCGGGCUCUACAACAUCUACGGUCCGACGCUGGCCGCGAGCGAGGGCGAGCAGUGGCGCCUGUACCGGAGGAUCACGACGCCCUUCUUCAAUCAGAAGACGUACGGAAAAGUCUGGAAGGAUAGUCUGGAGAAGACCGAGCGCCUGUCAGCACAGUGGAGCCAUGGGAACGACGACGCGCAGAUUGCGGAUGUCAAGGAACAGCUCAUGUCGAAGCUGAACCUGCGCAUCAUCGCUAAAAUCUUCUACGACCAGGAGCUGCGGUACGAUGCGGAAAAUGCGAUGAAGGACGUUGCGCCUGUGGGGCACGUGCUGACGUUCAGCGAGGCCAUCAAUGCCGUGCUGUCGAAUCUUGCAACCGUUUUCAGCAUACCCAAGUGGCUGCUAGCCAGGUCGCCGUUUGAGUCGCACAAGAAGGCGUAUCAGGGCUUCGUGGAAUGGCAACAGUACAUGCUUGAGAUGCGGAACUCGGUGCAAUCACGACUUGAUUCGGCGAAACAGAAGGAAGAGCCUUAUUUCCUAGAGUCCCUCGUCAUCUCAAGCGACGCCGCGUCCAGCCGCGACGGCAUCCGCCCCCUGACUGAAGCAGAGGUACUAGGCAACAUGUUCUUCUACGUCAUGGCUGGCUUUGACACCACCUCCACCACGCUCUCCUUCGUCUUUCUCCUUCUGGCCAUCUACCCCUCCGCCCAAACCCUGCUACAGCAGGAUCUCGACCGUGUCCUCGGCUCCAGAGCCACAUCCGCGUGGGACGCCAACAAGGACGUUCCCGAACUCCUCAACGGCUACCUUGGCGCCGUUAUCAGCGAGACCCUGCGUCUCUACCACCCCGUUGCGUGGUACGCCCGCAAGACGGUCCGCGACACAACCGUCACCACCGCCAGCGGCGCCAUCUGUCGAAUUCCAAAGGAAACCAUCAUUAUUAUCGACGUUGCAGCCAUCGGGCGGCAUCCCGGCUACUGGUCCCCUUCAACCUCCCCCGGAGAUGACACCAGCAUAGAACAGUCCCCCGCACGUGACUUCGAUCCUGUCCGCUGGCUCAAUCCCACCGAUAAUGCGGCCGCCUUCCCCUUUUCCGCCGGCCACCGCAUGUGCCCUGGCAAGCGCUUUGCCGAGGUCGAGAUGUGCGCCAUCUUGGCGCGGGUCUUCAGCCAGUUUUCGCUGCGGCUUGAGGCGGACCCGGCGGAUGUGCUGAAAGCGGAGGGACCGACGGGGCAUGGGACGCCACAGUUGGAGGAGCUAUCGAGGGAGCGGGCGAUGAGGGCACUUUAUGAGGGCAUGGGGUUUGGGCAUGGGAUUUAUCCAAAGGUGCAUGUGCCGUUCAGGAUUGUGCCGCGGGGCAAGGCAGGGUGA